GCUGGCCUGCCACUCCUCCUGCUAUGAUGCCUGGGCAGAUCCCAGACCCUUCAGUGACCGCAGGCUCUCUGCCAGGGCUUGGCCCCCUCAGCGGACUCCCCAGCUCAGCUCUGACUGCAGAGGAGCUGAAAUACGCUGACAUCCGCAACAUUGGGGCCAUGAUCGCACCAUUGCACUUCCUGGAGGUGAAACUGGGCAAGAGGCCCCAACCUGUGAAAAGUGAGCUAGAUGAGGAAGAAGAGCGAAGGAAAAGGCGCCGAGAAAAGAACAAAGUUGCAGCAGCCCGGUGCCGGAACAAGAAGAAGGAGCGCACGGAAUUUCUGCAGCGGGAGUCAGAGAGACUGGAGCUCAUGAAUGCUGAGCUGAAGACCCAAAUCGAGGAGCUGAAGCUGGAGCGGCAACAGCUCAUCCUGAUGCUGAACCGCCACCGCCCCACCUGCAUCGUGCGCACAGACAGCGUCAGGACACCUGAGUCAGAAGGCAACCCGCUGCUGGAGCAGCUGGACAAGAAGUGACUGGAGGCUGGGAGGAGGCAUCAGAGGAGGAGGAUGACAACAACAAGGACAAGAAGGAUAAGGAUGAGGAUGAGGAGGAGGAGGAGGAGGCGGCGGCCAUGGACCCCUCCUUGGUGCAUGACAGACUGUUCGGUGAGGCUCAGCACAGCCAGCCUCCAGUCUGCUCUUUUCUGAAACUCAGCCCAGUCACACAAGAGGAAGAGCAAGCUGAAGAAACCCAGAGGGACCAAGCGCUGAGACCAAAGUUGACCCGUAUGUAGGGGCUGUCCCACUCCAGGGCCCAGCUUGAAGGGCACCUGAACCAGAGAGAUGCCCACACAGGAAGCCUUGUCAGGCACUCCUCUGACCUCUCCACCCAGACCCCCACCUGAGGGACCACUGAGCAGCCAGGAAAAGCCAUGCGUUGCAACCACCAUGCGGCUGAGGAGGAAAUUUAGCUGGACUGCAAUCCACCUGCCCCAGCCCAGCAGAGCUGUGAUAGUCCUGCCGGAAGGCACAGCCUGGCGGCCCUGCUGGAGUUUGCUGUGGCAUUGAGGCGCGGGCGCCCUUCCAAAGCACACACUCAAUGAAUGUUUACAGACUGGCUGUCCUGGCGGGGCUUCCAACUGCACAUUUUUUUUUAUACUUUCUUUUUUAAAUAUUUUUUACAAAAAAGAUUUUAUACAAGCAAUAUAUAUAUGGAUUUCUAUAAUUACUCGAUGUGAUACAGUACAAAUAUGCUAUGAUCUGUUUCUUAUGGACAUUUACCCACCAGUUACGGCCAUUGUGUGUAAUUCCUAAGUACUGUAGACUCUGGGUGUCGGGGGGGUGGCCAGGCAGGUGGGGUGCAUUUCCAUCCUUGUAAAACCUUCCUAGUAUUCAGUCCUGUAUCGCUCAGUAAACAUUGCUCUUAAUUACUCA